UGUACUGUUGUCAUUGUUUGUUUUGUUUUCAUACAUCUUUUUUAACAAUAAUUUGCAGUGUAUUUUAAAAAUGUCAAGUAUAAAUCCAGCUGAUGCAGAUGAAAAGAAAUCGGAUAAAAACACUACAGAAGCUACAAAUUCUACGAACGACUUUGCAUCACCUGAAAAACAAAAUGCUCGAGCCUUUCUACGUGAAAGAUUUUUAAGGGUUAUUACCGGUAUCAUUGGUAAACCAGCGAAAUUUCAUUUAUAUGAAAAUACAAGUGUGAAUGCUGAAUUUCGUGGUUGUGAUGUGGAUUUUUUGGAAUUGUAUGUUAGAAAUUUGACCACGCCCCUAGGAGUAAUACCAGAAGCAAUACUCAGAACUAAUGAUGUGAUAGUAAUAGAACUGGACAAUGUUUAAAAUAAGUUAGCAUUUUAGUUAGUAUUUUAGUCAAAUAAUAUCAUUUACACAAUUUUCGUAAAAAAUGCUACACAAUACGGAUAUGGUUAAAAUAAGUCUUAUAUACACUUAGUCUACUUAAGAUCUACGCAUGCUCAU